GUUUAUUGGUGGUGUGUUUAGGGUAUGAGUAAUCAAAAUAACCUGGUCACUCUGCACUCCAAAAUAAAUUAUUUUAUUAAAUUGAUAAAAAUAAAGGCAAACAAAGCGCCCCUUGGCAAAUAGCUCGGCCCCAGCAACAGGUUUUCCUCGAAAACUACAACCAUGGUGUGCGUACCUUGCUUUAUCAUUCCACUGCUGCUAUAUAUUUGGCACAAGUUCAUUCAGCCCAUCGUUCUGCGCUACUGGAAUCCCUGGGAGAAGAAGGAUGCCGAGGGCAAUGUGAUCAAGAAGGGUCCCGAGUUCCCCUUCGAGUGCAAGGGCGGCGUUUGCCCCUUCGUUCCGGGGUCCAAAAAGACCCCUACCCUUGACAAUGAUGCCAAGGAUUCCGAAAAUCCUCACACAUCAACGAGUACAGCAACAACUCCAGUGGCGGAGGAAACCAAAAAGGAAAUCUAGUCGACAUUUUACCACACAAAUUAUCCUAAUAUGUAGUCUUUUUUUUGAUUGUCUAUAAGAAAAACCACGCACACAACACAAACUAAUUCAACAUCAUCAGGCGAUGUGUGGUGGGCGGCGGUUGGUUUGGGGGCGUGGCCCCGAGGGAACACUAAAAACACUUAACGAGUAAUUAUUUUAAAUUAAAUGUACACCUUGACCACACAAAAAAUUCUUUCCUAUGGGGUAUGUAGGGGUUGAAGGUUAUCUUCUCCACUAGUUAAAAUAUUAAUAUAAAAAAAAUAUUUUGUGCACUGCUGGAAAAUCAAUUAAAGCUAAAGAAUACUCCUAUAUCAGGGUAAAGAAUCUAAAGAAUUCGCGGUUGAUCGCCAUUACCCUUUAUCCUCUAUGUAUCCCAAAUUAUUGUGUUAAAUAAAAGAAAACACAUUGAUUUUAAAAUAAUUAUUUAA